GGGCUCGGCAGCAGAUCGCCACGUGGGAUCCAGUCAUCAAUCCUUUGGUCCGGUUACAAAAAAAAAAGCCUCUGUGUUAAGAAUUGCGCCUCCCUCCUCCUCCUCCUCCACCUCCUCCUCCUCCUCCUCUUCUUCGUCUUCUUCUUCCGCUUCUUCUUCAGAUCAUUCUUCUCAGCUUUCGAAAGCACAAGUUUCCCAGCUCUGCUGCAUAAAGAUAAGCAAAUUAAGGAUAAGGAUAAGGAUAAGAUAUACUUUUUUUUCAUUUUUUUUUUCAAGACGACAACAAUAACAACAACAAGAACUGAGACCGCGACGUGGCAGCCAGCCAUCAAUGGUGCGCUGCGCUCCUGUUUAAUCCAGCCUCUCUCUUUUUUAGAGAUUGCAUGUCACUCCUCGUCUUCUUUAUCCCCUUCCAUUCUUCCCAGCUCUGCUUAACGACAUUUGUCCCAGCUCUGCUUAAGGAUAAGCAUACAAGGAUAAUAAGGACAAGCAUCAGUGUUUCCCAACCUCUCAUAAGGAUAAGGUUCCCAGCUCUGCAUCUGGAUCAGGAUAGGAUCAGGCUCCCAGCUCUGCAUCAGGAUAAGGAUAAGGACCAGGUUCACAGCUUUUCAUCAGGAUGAGGAUCAGGUUCCCAGCUCUGCAUCAGGAUAAAGAUACAGAUCAGCUUUCCCGCUCUUCUUCAGGAUAAGGAAUCAGCUUCUCCCCGCUCAGCUUCCCAGCUCUUCAUCAUCAGCUUAAGGAUGAGCUUCCCAGCUCUGCAUUAGGAUCACUCUCCCAUCUCUUGUCAUCCGGACCAGGUUCCGAUCCGAUCUCUACAUAAAAAUAAGGGUAAGGAUAAGAUCUACUUUUGUUUUUUUUUUCUAGUUUUUUGAUACAAGAAGAAGCAGAAGCAGAAGCAGAAGAAGCAGCAGAAGAAGCAGCAGAAGAAGAAGAAGCAGAAGCAGCAGCAGCAGCAGAAGAAGAAGAAGAAGAAGAAGAAGGAGGAGGAGGAGGAGAAGAUGGCGGGCGAGGAUGCAGCGUCUGCCCUCCGUCUGAUCGCCUCCCACGGUGACCAGAAGGGCAAAACGGAGCAAUACAAGGUCCUACUGAGCUCAAUCAUCUCCUCAGGGUCGGUAGUUAAUGCCAAGUCCUUUCUGGACCACAUGGUGACCGACGAAGUUCCGCUCGUGAUCUCCCGCCAGCUACUGAUUGCCUUUGCAAAGGAUCUGCCGAAGCUCGACGUGGAAGCGCACAAGGAGGUGGGUCAUUACGCGUUGAUGCAGAUUCAGCCACGUGUGGUGUCGUUCGAGGAACAAGUGUCGAAGAUCCGCGAAGGUCUGGCCGAGCUGUACGAGAGAGAAGAGGAAUGGUCGACCGCAGCGAAGAUGCUCAGCGGGAUCGACCUCGACUCGGGAAGAUUACAAGACGAUGUUAAGGUGGGCAAGUGUGUCAAGAUCGCUCUGCUUUAUCUUGAAGACGACGACGCCACUAACGCCGAGAUCUAUAUCAAGAAAGCGUCUUUCUUAAUUAGUGCGUGUAAGGAUGAGGUGGUGCUUCUUCAGUACAAGAUUUGUUAUGCCAGAAUGCUGGAUCUUAAGCGAAAGUUCCUGGACGCUGCAUUGAGGUACUACGAGCUGUCGCAGCUUCAGAAGAGAGUGUAUGGGGAGCGCCACGUGGACGAAGCCGAGCUGGAACAGGCGUUGAUGGCGGCAGUGACGUGUACGAUCUUAGCAGCCGCCGGGCCGCAAAGGUCGAGGGUGCUGGCCACGCUGUACAAGGAUGAAAGAUGCUCGAAGCUGAAAAUAUAUCCUAUUUUGGAAAAAGUAUACCUAGAUAGGAUACUCCGCAGCCCCGAGGUUCAGGCCUUUGCACAGGAAUUGAAACCCCAUCAAAAGGCUCUGCUGACGGACAAAUCGACGGUGCUAGACCGGGCGGUGAUCGAGCACAACCUGCUGAGUGCGAGCAAGUUGUACACCAACAUCAGCUUCGAAGAGCUCGGCGCGCUUCUGGGAAUCAACCCGGAAAAAGCGGAGAGGAUAGCGGCGCGCAUGGUGUCGGAAGACCGGAUGAGGGGGUCCAUCGAUCAGGUGGAAGGGGUCAUUCAUUUUGAAGCUGACGUGGAGGAGCUGCGGCAGUGGGACCACCAGAUCCAAGGGGUCUGCAUGGCCUUGAACUCGGUAUUAGAGGCCAUGGUGAAGAGGAGAAUGCAUGUGGCAGUGUGAAUAUAUAUAAAUCUUGUGACAAUAUAUAUAUAUAUAUAAUAAAAAAAACAGGCGGAG